AUGUCAGCCAAAGAAGAGCCCAAGAGGUUCGGUUUAGAGAACCAAGUCAGAAGAAACCCCCACCCAGAUUUCAACAAGGUUGAAAACGAGAGACCACCUUUCCCCACUGAAAAAGUGUGGAGCUACUCCCAGAUCCCCGUCAAGGACUGGAAAGUCGGAUCCGGUGCCAAUGACGAUAGCUGGAAACAGCACAAAAAGAUUGCUAUCGACCCAUAUGGAGAAGGCAGAAGCCCAGUUGACAACUACAAGACUUUGAUCAGUGCCGUUGUCCCUAGACCAAUUGGAUUUGUUUCAACGAUAUCGAAAGAUGGCGUCCGCAAUUUGGCUCCAUUUUCCUACUUUACGCUUGUCAACCACGACCCACCCAUUUUUACAAUUGGCUUUUCAGGCGGUAGAGGCAACCCCAAGGACACUUGUAAGAACAUCUUGGACACCGAGGAAAUGACCAUAAAUAUUAUCAGCGAGUGGUUUGUUGAAGCUGCCAACUAUUGCGCCAUCAACAGUCCCAUCGACGUUGAUGAGUGGAAAUUGUCAGGGUUGACGCCACUCGAGUCCACCAAAGUCAAGCCCCAGCAUGUUGCCGAGUCGGCUUUUUCAAUUGAAGGCAAGUUGAUUGCUUCUCAUGAAUGGAAAUCCAAGUCCGAUCCAACCAGAGCUACCGGUACUUUGUGUAUCAUCGAGGGUGUCAACUUCCACGUUAGAGAAGACGUCAUCAAUGCCGACCUCAACAACUUGGACAUUGCAAAAUUGAAGCCAGUCAGUAGGUUGGGUGGUAUCACUUAUGCUAGAACCGUUGAAGGCUACGAAAAGCCUAGACCUGACUUUGACAAGGAAAUCGCAAAGGACGAGGUAAAGAGCUUGUUAGAAUAG